UUGUUCGACGUCGUUCUGAAGCUUGAGCGAACUUUACCGGAUCAAACUCCUGCAACACGUUUCUUUCUCUUCUUCUUUGACCUUUAAUUCGAGCGACUAACUGCUGGGUUGUGAAACCAGCGCACGAAGGAGGUCGAGAAAAAGGAAAACAACUUGUUCACGCCACGUUGAACGAAGCGAACUGCAGCUGAGAAUCAGUGUUGGUGCGUCACCGGAGUGUCAGCUCUCCACCUGGCCCGGAGAUGGGGGAUCCAGAGCCUCCUGAGUUUGGGUCCCUGGAGGAGGAGCUGGAGUACUGGAAGGAACAAGCUGCCAGACACCAACAGAGUGCGGAAGAAGUUCAAGAGGAGCUGAAGGAGUUCCAGCAGAUGAGUCGUGACUACGAGGGCGAGCUGGAGAUGGAGCUGAAACAGUGUGAGGCGCGAAACCGCGAGCUGCUUGCCACCAACGAACGCCUUUGCAUGGAACUAGAAAACUAUAAGGAGAAGUAUGAGAUGCAUCACUCCGAGGCCUGUCGGCAAAUCUCAAGCCUGGAGGGCGACCUGGCUGAGACCACGGCCGUCAGAGACCAACUUCACAAAUACAUCAGAGAGCUGGAGCAGGCCAACGAUGACCUGGAGCGAACCAAGAGGGCAACCAUCAUGUCACUGGAGGACUUUGAGCAGAGGAUGAACCAUGUGAUAGAGAGAAAUGCUUUCCUCGAGAGUGAGCUGGAUGAGAAGGAGAAUUUACUGGAGUCUGUUCAAAGACUGAAGGACGAAGCCAGAGACCUGAGGCAGGAGCUGGCAGUGCAACAGAAACAGCAGGUACAGGAAAGGAAGCCGUCUCUCAGCAGCGUCGUCAGAGAGCCUCCAUCAUCUUCCUCCACCUCCCCCUCGGCCGGGCUGCCCACCCCUCCUCUCACCCCUCCAGGUAAAGGAACUGAGGACAAAACCACGUCUCUGCCCUCUAACCAGCCCAUCCCCUCUGCCACCACCACCACGCCGUCCAGACCUCCGGCCCAGUCUGACUACUUCACCACACCUCCGCCCUCCAGCAGCAGAGGUGAAAGCCUUUCAGCGACUCCUCUCCCCACCUCGGCGAGAAUCUCGGCCCUCAGCAUUGUCGGGGAACUUCUGAGAAAAGUCGGGAACCUUGAGUCUAAGCUGGCAUCGUGUCGGGAAUACGUCAAUGAACAGACAGCUAAUCGCAGAGGUCAAGCCGGAGGACAGGGGGCGCCGACAAGCCAGAACUCCUCAGAAACCCCUCCUACCAACGGCCUUUACAACAAGGGGUGAGGCUGGUGAAGCGGUUAGACUUUGGUGCGGGACACAAAAUGCUGCUGUGAAAACAUCCUCCACCUCCAUCCUCUGAGCUGCGCUCCUCCUCCUCCUCCUCUUCCUGUCCGUCCAGCCUGGAUCCCUCAAGCACGUAACGGUACCGUGUCUCGCACAUUAUACUGGUGGUUUCUGCUUCAGGACACAGGACGCUCUAACAGGAAGCUUCCAUGAUGAAAUGGAUGGAAAAUGUUACCGCAGAUACUCUGGGAGGUCUGUCCCUAGCUGUUUUGAGCACUCGCACUUAGCUUGAUAUACCUUCUUGGACUUGUGCUGCAUGUCAACACCUCACCUUCUUUGUUUGGAUUUGCCAAUUAUUUUUUGUGUGUGCAAUUUUUUUUUGGUUGUGCGUGUCUGUUUCACUCUAAAGGUGUGUUCAGUGCAUCUUUACAGAGAAUUAAACAGUCAGAAUUGACAGAUGCAUGUUAGCGCUGCGUUGUGAUGGAAGGAGACCAGGAAUCAUCCACUCAAAUUUAUAAUGUUUAUUUUCACAGCACUCUAGUGGAGGAUGAAUGUCCAGAAGGAGACAGCAGGAACAAAAAGACACCAGUCAGUACUGUAGAUUUAUCUUAUAUACAUUAUUGCGGCUGUUGCUGCAAUGUCAUGAAAUAGUCAUUGCUCUCACUUGGUCAACAUGGUGGCUCCUAAAAAGGAAGCCAGUAUCUUCACCGACCUCUGGUGGCAAGCUGCAGUACAAGUCAUUAUCCCAACCUCCUCCAUGUGUGUAGAUGGGACAUGGCCAAAAAAAAGUAAAAUAUUCUCAAAGAUGGUUUCUGUUAUAGAAGGUAGUUCCUAUCACACUGGUGUUUGUUUAAGUGUUUGUGUUCAGCUGUAGACACUUUGUAGGAGAUGUCCAUAUGGGCUGAUACUUUUCCCAAAAAUCUAUCAGAUGACAAACAAUUUGUGUGAAUAUAUACGAAUGCCCCCUUAUUUGUGUCUUCCAUUUUCAUAGCAAAACCCUGAUGGUUCAAAAAAGCAUGCAGAAGGUGAGGCUCAUAGUGAGCGCCCUCUGCUGUAUCAUGAGACAACAGAUUGAACAAACUGCUUUAGACCAAACAAGUCAUUACAGUUCAAUAAUGAACUGUCUCCCACACACGAUUGAAUGAAUGUUCAUAUAUCUAAUAACAAAUGACAGCCGUGGCCUCUGUGCUGUUACAUUUGAUGUUUGUUAAACACUAACUUGCACAGUUUUUUUUGUCUGAACAUACCUUUUGAGUGUUUGAGAACAAAAUACUGUAAGGGCACUCAUAUCUUUGCAAGAACAGAGGGUCUUUUUAAAUACUACUUUUAUAUUUAUACCACACUGUCAACCAAGGGACAAUUUACUUCCACAGUAAAUGUUGUCAAAUAAUGGGUUUGAAAAAUAGCAAGAUCUGUUUCAACAACCAAGCGCCACUAAUCCAAAUGAAAAAUAAUAAUUGUCCCAUGUUUUAUUGUUUUGAUCCAGAAAAUAAUCUGUAUUUUUAUAUUUUACAUAAACUAGUUUCCUAACCCUAGACUGCAGAAGAACACAGACUUUGAAUUUAUGUUGUCAGCCAAUCUUCUCUGAAGAGGUGAUUGGAAGUAUGGAUGCACCUCCCAAUGCCGUUGUUAUUUGUCACUGUGGAAAGAAUACUUGUAUAAUGCUCAAAGGGAAAUGGACUGAGUUGAGCUAACCUGCAACAAGAUAGCAGCAAACACCACGUGUGAACAUGAUAAACUGAGACACCGGUCAACCAUGUUUUCUAAUGUGCUGUAACUCUCUGGGAGCCUGAAUGUUUUAAUGAAACUUGGCCUUUCAAAAGACGUUUUUGAAGGAUGUUGCUUCAACCAGUGGCCAUGAGUGGUCCUGCAUCAUAAACCUGCCUUAAUAAAUACAGUUUUCUAACAUUA